GGGGCGGUCCGGGCGGGGCCGGAGCCCUGGCGGCUGCUCUGAGCUGUCCUGGCUCUCGGUCGUGCUGCUCCACUGCUGGCCACGUCCCCACACCGACCGCGGGCGCUUCCCCGCCGCCCGAGGGCCGCCGGGCCGCCGCAGGCCUGCCGCGCCCGGAUGCAGCUGUCACCAGAGUGGAGCAUCCGCCUGGGUCCCACGUGUGCCACAGAGUGUGCCAUGGCCUGGAAGUGCCCCGCAGAGCCACUCUCGCCUCCUGCAAAGCGCAGCCUGCCCUGGCGAGCACACGGUGCCAGGCCCACAGCUCUCCAAGGAAGAUGGUCCAGCCUGGGGGCGCCCUGAUCACCUGCUACUUAUCUCCCGGCCACCCAGCAGGGAACCGUUGGCAGCCUGAGGAGCGGCUGGCUGGGAGCCUCGGGGACCGCUCAGCCUUGCUCCCCGCACGUCCGCAGGAUGUGGGCAGCCCUCGUGCUCGUGUGGAUCUCCUCCUGGUCCUUAUGUGAAAGCCAGGCGGCUCCCCAGCACCCACGGUACCCAGUCCUCAACGAGACGGAUGAUUCAGAGAAAAACUCAUCCGCCGAAACAGUUACACGAGCCUUUACUAACACACCUGCAAGGAUGACCUCGGCGGCACCUUCUCCCAUCGCACUGACCAAAGGGACCUGGGCGGGCAGCUCCACCUCUCCUGCAGUCCCCGCAGGGACCACACACAGGACAGACAUGGGCGCUUCAGUGACAGCAGAAGGGACCCCUGACAGAGCUGCCUCCAGGGCGCCCACUCUGUCCUCCCCAGUGUCUGCCUGGCAGACCCCGUCCCCCAGCACUGCCCGCAGCCCACCCCACACCCCGGCGCCUGAUGGCAGCACGUGGUCAAGGCCAGUGACACCAACGAUGCCCAUGCCACCCACGCCGGCCACGGGUGCUCAGACCAGUGCUGUGACCCCAGCAAGUGCCAGCGGCCCCCCAGGUACACACAGUCUUCCCAGGCACACCCCCAGCCACUCCACAGCCAGCCCCGUGCCCCCGAGUUCCCAAGCACUUAAUGUGUCCACACGAGGCCCCACCAUCCAGACGCCGCUGGCCCAGACUGUGGCUGACACGGCAAGUGGGCCCGCACCCACCCUCUCGAACACAACCUCAGAGCCCACCACACCCUCCUUGGCUUCUGUGCCCACGACAGUGGGGACCACGACCAAGACAUCCGAGCCAGCUGCCAGCACAGCACCUGCAUCUCACACCAGCCUGGUCCCCAAAGUGGAGUCCCCAGCCCACACGACGCGGCCAGGCCCUCCCGCGUCCACGCCAGGGGCCACGGGCCCAGGGACAACUCAGGCACCAGAGCAGCCCGAACCUGAACCCAUGCCUGGCACGGCUUCCACGGGGCCACCCCCUGGGAGCUCAGGGGGUUCCAAGGCGCCAGCCACAGACCCGUGCCAGCUCAGCACCCAGGGCCGAUACCUGGUGGUCUCCAGCGAGCCCCUGGCCCUGGCGUCCGUGAACAGAAGUUUCCUCCUGGCGGUGCUCCUGCUGGGGGUCACCCUCUUCGUGCUUGUCCUGGCUCUGUUGGCCCUGCAGGCCUACGAGAGCUACAAGAAGAAGGACUACACGCAGGUGGACUAUCUCAUCAACGGCAUGUACGCCGACGCCGAGAUGUGAGGCCGCGGCCCGCCUCCCUCCGCCUGCCCGAGCCCCAAUCAAGUGCUUCCAGACUCUCUCGGUGCCGCUUAGGAGACAUGCCCGAUGCUUCAGCACAUUUAAUUGCUGUCAGAUGAAUUCCGCCAUCACUAAAGAGUUGCUGCUUUUUUCACAUUUAUUUUUGUAACGAUCAUGUUGGCCAGCAGGCCGCGAUUCCGCCGCGGGGCGGGGCAGGCGCCCCGGGGUGGGUUCUGACCUGGAUUAAAGCAAUGACCCUUUCGGCUCAG